AUGAAGUUCCUCAAUCCGUUCAGCUUCAGUCCGGGGCCCGUGACCUUCUGGACGACGGCCAUCUACCUUGCCGUCACCAUACCGCUGAUUUACGUCCACGAAGUGGUGCCGCCUGUUCCAUCCAGUCACUCUCUCAAGCAAGGAUUGAAUCUGAGCGAAGCGUGGUUCGAUCUGCAAACCAUCACGAAACAGUACCAUCCGUACAACAGCCGCGCGAAUGCUGAAGUCCGCGAAUACUUGCUCAAACGCUCUCAAAUUAUCUUGGAUCGGAAUGGCGUUCCUUACAAGACUGAGACGACCGGAGGAGUAAUCUGGGACGACAAGUUCGAACAACCUGCCGUUAGAGAUACCCUUGACGCGCCGAGAGCCAAGCGAGCACCGGGUGCCACAAUCUUCGAUGACCGCAUUUCGAACGUGACUUGGACCGUCGACUCACUGCUACAAAGCACCAAGGGCGGACCAAAGACGUGGCAAGGCUACUAUUUCGAGGGUGACAACUUUUAUGUCUAUAUUCACGGCAAAGAAGACCCCGAGGGUGAUUGGUGGGCCUCCCAGGCUGGCGCUGCAAAGUACAGCCAGUCCGGUGGUGUCCUUGUCAACUGCCAUUUCGACUCUGUGUCAACCGGAUAUGGCGCCACUGAUGACGGCGUGUCCUGCGUAAGCAUGUUGCAGAUACUGAGCUACUUCACCACCGAGGGACACCAGCCGAAGCAUGGUGUUGUGCUUCUUUUCAACAACGCGGAGGAAGACGGUCUCUUGGGAGCUCGUGCGUUUGGCUACAGCCCACUUCUCAAGUUUUGCCAUACCUUUGUCAACUUGGAGGGAGCUGGAGCCGGAGGCCGUGCCAUGCUUUUCAGAACCACCGAUCUUGAAGCUGCCAAGGUGUACUCCAAGAGCCCCCAUCCUUUUGGAUCCGUUGUUGCGGCAAACGCGUUCGAACGAGGAGUCAUCAAGAGCGGAACGGAUUUUGAAGUAUUCGCGCCAAACUUUGGACAGCGAGGCAUGGACAUUGCCUUUUAUCAUCCUCGCUCACGCUAUCACACCGAGGAUGACGAUGCUCGUCACACUUCUGUCCGCAGCAUUUGGCACAUGCUGUCCGCCGCCCUAGCUUCUACAGAGAGAUUCUCCGAGGUUACUGGGACAGUCUUCAGCGGCGAUCGCCGGGACGGCGAUAAAAACCUGGCUCAGACCGGCAAGCCCACCGAGGGUGUCUAUUUUGAUUGGUAUGGCAGUGGAUGGUCGGCGUUCCCGCUUAGAGGGUUGUUUGCGUGGUCGCUGACGCUGCUCAUCGUGACGCCCCUGGUCCUUGUCGUUGCUACGUUUUUGCUCGUUCGUUCUGAUAAAUAUUAUUUCUGGGCAAAGGACAUUCAGUUGGAACACUCCGAGAUACAUGAUGACCCUAUUGCUCUCAGCGGAUGGCGUGGCUUCUUCCGAUAUCCUUUGGCCCUCAUCUUCGCCGUCGGUUUGACAAUUGGUGCUGUCCUCCUCGUUGCCAAAGUCAACCCACUCAUCAUCUACAGCAGCGGAUAUGCAGUCUGGGCUCAAUUGUUAUCUCUAUUCUACUGCAGCUUCUGGCUCAUCGUGAGAGGCGCCAAUUUUGUUCGGCCAACUGCUCUCCACCGUGGGUUUGCCCUCAUUUGGCUGUUUAUCCUCUCUUGGAUUGUUCAAGUCAUUGCCGCCCUGGCUGAAGACCGCCUGCACAUCGGUGGCAUCUACUUUACAGCAUUCUUCCACACGGCCAUCUUUGUGUCGCUCUUCAUUUCGCUGGUUGAGCAAUUCGCUCUUCCAGGAAAGCAAGAAUUCGCCAACCAGUAUCAAGACGACGCAGCUCCAGAACACACCCGAAUUACCAGUUCCGAUAACACCAUCACUGGAAACGAAGACGAUCAAGAUGACCAAGGGUAUGCUGCGGCAGAGAGUGCUACAGAGACGACGCCGCUGAGAGCUGGGGAACAAGGCUAUGGGUCGAGCGACCAACCGACAUUUGCCAGCACCUACCGACGGUCGGCUCAGACAUAUGAUCAACCUGCUCCCUCGCCUCUAGAGAGUUACCCUCCGUACGAACACGAACAGUCGUGGUCUGGACGACUGCCAACUUGGACUUGGAUCAUCCAGUUCCUCCUACUCGCCCCUAUCCACGUCAUUUUGGUGGGCAAUCUAGGAUUAGUGCAGACUUCUGCAAUGGCCAUGAACGGUGCCGAUGGUGGCAGUCUCCUGCCUCCCAUCAUGGGGGUCGGGAUCAUGUCAAUCUUACUGCUGCUCCCUCUGACACCAUUCAUGCACCGCAUCACUCACCACGUGCCGCUGUUUCUCUUCGUCGUCUUCGUCGUCACAUUCAUCUACAAUCUUGCUGCUUUCCCCUUUUCCAACAACGCUCGCUACAAAUUGUACUUUCAAGAAGUCAUCGACGUGGAUGCGGGAACAAAUGUGGCUUCUUUGUCGGGCAUCUCGGAAUACGUUCACUCAGUCGUCUCAACUAUCCCCUCUGCUACUGGCCAAGAGGUUCAAUGCAAAGCAUCGACACGUUCAGGUCUCACUGCCUGCGAGUAUGAUGCGUCAUCUCUCCCACCGUAUCUUGCUAAUGGCACAGAACCGAAAGACUUGAUCACUGUGACGAGCUCAAAGUCACUUGACGGCAAGACUGCAAAUCUCAAGGUAGAUGCUUUAGAUACCAAGAUGUGCAUUUUGAGCCUCUCUCUGCCGGUAUUUGGAUUUGAAGUCAAGGGUGCAGCCCCUGCAGACCGCCGAUUUGGUACAAUCCCGCGCGGUGGAUUGCGAACCAUUACUCUCUUCCGACGAGAGUGGGAGGGGCCGUGGGACCUUACGCUGGAGCUCACCGACAACGGCCGCGUCCUGCUGGGUGACGACGAGUUGGAGGUGACCGUGAAGUGUGCCUACAGCGACAUGAAUGACGACAAGACAAUACCAGUGCUGCGUGAGCUGUACCAGUACAUGCCCAAGUGGGCAGUCAUCAGUAAGACGGCGGUUGGUCUUGUUGAGGUUAGGAAGAAGUUUACUGUAUCAUGA